AGUCCGUAGAGUGAGCAUCUCUAAAUCUGUGCUCCAAUUGUCCAUUGGGUCUUCUAAAUUGAGGGCGUAGGGGCGGUGCUUAUAAUUGGGUAACAGAGAGUGAAAUAGAAGAUUACCUGCUUAGAGCAGUUUAGAUAUGGAAAGUAAAUUGCCAUGGCAGCUUACCAUGAGUAAGUAACAAUUUAUCACAUUGCUGUGAGUUAAUCGGGAAGUUUAGACGUCACAAAAUACUACUAAGGCUGCCCGGACAAGCCGCAGACUGGUCUGCCUGGACAAACCUCGCUUAGUAGAAGUCUACAGAUCUCAAAGGAAGUUCUGUUCACAGACUAUGCCAGGCUUCCAGUAUGAGCCUCAACACCAGUUCAGUCACGAUGUCCUUGACGAAUACGUAUCCAGGGAUGAGAGACGCUAGCAUCCAGCAUGGAUAUCACUGGCCAGAGCACGAAGACUCAAACCAGGAUGACAAUUUUCUUGACAGCAGCAGCCCUUUAAAUAGUUCACAGAAUUUGACUGUGCCAUUUGACCCACUGGGUGGAAAAUCAGUCUGGCAGGUUAUUGUGAUUGUUUUUUUUACUGGUUCUUUGUCCCUGGUCACUGUAACUGGCAACAUACUCGUACUAGUGUCAUUCAGAAUUAACAAAGCACUCAAGACAGUGAAUAACUACUACCUGCUCAGCCUUGCAUUUGCGGACCUGACUAUUGGCACCCUCUCUAUGAAUCUGUAUACUACAUACAUCAUUAUGGAUACUUGGGCUUUGGGAAACUGGGCAUGUGAUUUAUGGCUUGCUAUUGACUAUGUAGCCAGCAAUGCUUCAGUUAUGAACCUCCUGGUCAUUAGUUUUGAUAGAUAUUUCUCUGUGACUAAACCCCUGACAUAUCGAGCUAAAAGAACAACUAAAAGGGCCAUGACCAUGAUCUGCUCAGCUUGGACCAUCUCCUUUGUGCUCUGGGCCCCUGCCAUCCUGUUCUGGCAGUUUGUUGUUGGGGAACGCACGGUGCCACCCGGAGAGUGCUAUAUCCAGUUCCUGUCUGAGCCUAUCAUCACAUUCUGCACGGCCAUUGCGGCUUUCUACCUGCCGGUCUCCAUCAUGACAUUUCUCUUCUGGAAAAUCUACCAGGAGACAGAGAAUCGUUCCAAAGACCUAGCUGGCCUGAAGUGCUCUGGCAAUAAAGGCAAAAAUGACAAGGCUAACACUGGAGCUUCCAAGAGCAAUAGCAACACUGAUCUUAACCAACCAGUACAGAACGACCAGGCUGAUGAGGCAGAUGAGGAUACUACAGAAGGUCAGACUGGCAAGACAGCUUCAAAGUCUACUAGUGCCACCAUGGCAAAGCGCUUUGCCUCAAAAGCCAAAUCACACUUCAGCAAACGUAAAAAUCAGUCAAAUAAAUCCGAAAAUAAAGCUGCUCAGACACUGAGUGCCAUUCUGUUGGCUUUCAUCAUUACAUGGACACCCUAUAAUAUCAUGGUCCUAGUGAACACAUUCUGUACUGACUGUAUUCCUGAAACCCUUUGGUCUCUGGGUUACUGGCUCUGUUAUGUGAACAGCACUAUCAACCCUAUGUGCUAUGCCCUCUGCAACAAGAAUUUCCGUGACACAUUCAAAAUGAUUCUACUCUGUCAAUGGAAUAUGCAGAAGCAGAAUAAGCCACAUUUUCAACAAAGGCAGGCACCGGCCAGUCGUAAAAAAGAGCCAAAGUAGGAUAAAGGCUUUGUUUAACUCUUUGUUUAGUAGUUCUGCUCUUAGUAAUUUGUAAAAACAUGCCUUGCACUCUGUACAUUGUUAGUACCUGACGACACAGUAAAUCAGUUUAACAGAAUUUUCUCCUAAUGAAUAACUCUCAAUUCCCUGUUCUUCAUACAAUUCAGAUGUUUUUACAAAUGUUUUCAUACUUUUUGAAAAAAUGAAAUGAUAAUAUCACAGAUUACCACACUGCUAUUAGUUCUAUUCUAAUGUGUGCAAGUCACUAUGUGCAUUCUGCUCUUGACUUAAGUCUUUGAUGAACACAGUUACACAUUUUUGGCAACUGUCAACCCACAAUAAUCAUCCGCUUGUUUUUCUAGUCCUCAUCAAAUUAAUUAGUGUUCUGUCUCUGGUGAGUUUGUGUAUGUAUUUUUCUUUUUUAUUAAAAAAUGUAAU